UGUUUCUCUUCACUACACACACGUUCUCACUCAUCAACUUAUUUUCUCUGAUAUAGUUCAAUUAACACUCAAAAUCCUUUUGUUUUUUACUCUCUCUCUCUCUACAAUGGCUAACUCCACCGUUGUCUUUACGCUAGUCGCUGCAUUGUUAGUCACCUCCGUGCUGGCUCAGUCUCCGGCGUCGUCGCCAGCUCUCUCUCCGAAGAGAACACCCGUGGCGGCCACGCCGCGUAGCUCUCCGUCACCGGCGAUUUCUCCUGCCGCCGAGUCGCCGUCAUCGUCUCCCCCUGCUCCGGCGCUCAACGCUCCGUCUCCUUCGCCGACCGGCAUCGACUCUCCGCCGUCGCCUCCCGUAUCUCCGGCCGGUGCUCCUUCCGUCACUCCUUCGGCAAUCUCCUCUCCGCCGACCGAAGCACCGACUCCCUCGCAAAACGGCGCCGCUUUGAACAGAUUCACCCUCGCCGGAUCUGCCGUCGCCGUGGUUCUCGCUGCGGCUUUGUUCAUGUAGAAAUAGUUUAGUGGAGUUUUUUUUUUUUUUUUUUCUUUUUAAUGUCGUUGGGAGUUUACAUGGAUCGCAAAUUCCUCUUGUACUUCAUUUUUGUAUUUUUUUUUUUUAUCUUUGAUGUGUGAGAGUUGAUUCUUUGGAUUAUUUGGUGUAUUGUAUUUAUGACGACGAUGGCUACUAUUGAUACACUUUUAUUGCUCUUAACUUUUCUCA